AUUACCUCAUGGUUGUGGUUUUCAGCUGUAUUACCUUGGGCUAUAUGAUCUCCUAAGACCCUAGAUUGCAAGAUGGGUCUAUAUUUGGAUGGAAAACCUCCAAGGAGAAAACAGGUACAGUUGGUGACUCAGUAGGUGGCACUUCACCUCUUCAUCUGGAAUGCAUCAUGGCUGUGGAGGGCACUGUCAUGCUGAAGGUGCUGUAUUUCAGAUGAGAUGUAAAACUGGAAGCCAUAACUGCUUGUGAGAUCAAAAGAUGGCAUGUGAAUAGCAGUGUUAGUUCUGUAUCCUGGUGGAAUUCCAAUUUGGGUUAUUAAGUUCUGAAGAUCAAAAUAUUCUACUAUAGUGUCAAUUAGAGGAAUUUUUUGCUUAAAAUUUAAAACCUGCUAAAAUGUUUUGUAACAUUGCCAAUGGAGGAAGGCAGCUGGGUUCAACUCUAGCAGUUGCUCUAUUUCAAUAGUGAUACCUGUAUGUUUGGUUCAUAAUGGGCAUUAGUCCUUCACGAUGAAACAUAAUUUAUAAAUGUAAGACUUACCCUUAUUACAUUCUUAUCUCUUGUCUUUAACACUUUGUUUUGUACAGCAGGAUAUGAGCCUUCUCCUAUGUCCGGGCUUUGGCCUCACACAGUAGAUGUAAUAUAAUCGCUGAGGUGGGCGUUCUGCAGGAGAAUUAUUUUUGGAGGCUUUUGCAUGAAACUUGCCCAAUGAGUCUGAGACACCCAAGCACCAUUAAUUUUGGAGGAGUGGUUGUGGAGCAAGAUGGAACAUUGCAUGAGACCAAUAGUGUCCAUGGGCUGCACCUCCAUAUUAAAGAAACUAUGUUCCAACUUCCUGUCAACAACCUUGGCAGUUUAAGAAAAGCCCGGAAAACUGUGAAAAAAAUACUUAGUGACAUUGGUUUGGAAUACUGUAAAGAACAUAUAGAAGAUUUUAAGCAGUUUGAACCUAAUGACUUUUAUUUGAAAAACACUACAUGGGAAGAUGUAGGAUUGUGGGAUCCUUCGCUUACAAAAAAUCAGGACUAUCGGACAAAACCCUUUUGCUGCAGUGCAUGUCCAUUUUCGUCGAAGUUCUUUUCAGCCUAUAAAAGUCACUUCCGGAAUGUUCAUAGUGAAGACUUUGAAAAUAGGAUUCUUCUUAAUUGUCCCUACUGUACUUUCAAUGCGGACAAAAAGACUUUGGAAACGCACAUUAAAAUAUUUCAUGCUCCAAAUGCCAAUACACCGAGUGGAGGCAUCAGCACUUUUAAAGAUAAAAACAAACAUGAUAGCCUUAAACCUAAGCAGGCUGACAGUGUAGAACAAGCUGUUUAUUAUUGUAAGAAGUGCACUUACCGAGAUCCUCUGUAUGAAAUAGUUAGAAAGCACAUUUACAGGGAACAUUUUCAGCAUGUUGCUGCACCUUAUGUAGCAAAGGCAGGUGAAAAGUCACUCAAUGGUGCAGUUCCCUUAAGUUCCAGUACCCGGGAGGAGGGUAGUAUUCACUGCAAACGAUGCCUUUUUAUGCCGAAGUCAUAUGAAGCUUUAGUACAGCAUGUUAUUGAAGACCAUGAACGUAUAGGAUAUCAGGUUACAGCAAUGAUAGGGCACACUAAUGUAGUGGUUCCAAGAUCCAAACCUUUGAUGCUAAUAGCUCCAAAACCACAGGAUAAAAAGCCUAUGGGACUUCCUCAAAGGAUGGGUCCCCUUUCCCCUGGAAAUGUCCGAUCUCUUCCAUCACAGCAGAUGAUGAAUCGACUCACUAUACCAAAGCCUACAUUAAAUUCUGCAGGAGUGAAUAUGAUGUCAAAUGUUCACCUACAACAGAACAAUUAUGGAGUCAAAUCAGUACCACCAAGUUAUGUUGGACAGCCGGGGGGAAGGCUAAACUUAAGUGGUAAUGCACCUGUUUCUAUUCCGCAACAGUCUCAAACAAUGAAACAGUUUUCACCGAGUGGAAAUGGAAGGCCUUAUACCCUUGGAGGGGAGCAGAGAUCUCAGACUCCAGCAAGGUACUCUCUUCAGUCUGCCAAUUCCUCUUCUCUUUCAUCAGCCCAGUUGAAACAAACGUCAUUAUCUCAGUCUCAGGCAGCAUCAAGAGUAUUAGGUCAGUCUGGCGCAAAGCCUCCUGUGGCUGCUACAGGCCCUUCUGCUGUCAAUACUUCAUCAACGCAAAAGUGGAAAAUUUGUACAAUCUGUAAUGAGCUGUUUCCUGAAAACGUGUACAGUGUUCACUUUGAAAAGGAGCACAAGGCUGAAAAGGUGCCUGCAGUAGCUAACUAUAUAAUGAAAAUACACAAUUUCACUAGCAAAUGUUUAUACUGUAAUCGCUAUUUACCCACUGAUACGUUGCUUAAUCAUAUGUUAAUCCAUGGACUGUCUUGUCCAUACUGCCGUUCAACUUUCAAUGAUGUUGAAAAGAUGGCUGCUCAUAUGCGAAUGGUUCAUGUUGAUGAAGAAAUGGGACCUAAAACUGAUUCCACUUUAACCUUUGAUUUGACAUUGCAGCAGGGUAGUCACACUAAUAUACAUCUACUUGUAACCACCUACAAUCUGAGAGAUGCCCCUGCUGAAUCUGUAGCUUAUCAUGCUCAGAAUACUCCUCCUGUUCCUCCAAAACCACAGCCCAAAAUCCAGGAGAAGGCAGAUAUUCCUGUGAAAAGUUCUCCUCAAGCAGCAGUCCCCUACAAAAAAGAUGUGGGUAAAACACUCUGCCCUCUCUGCUUUUCAAUCCUAAAAGGACCCAUAUCUGAUGCACUCGCACAUCACUUAAGGGAGAGGCAUCAAGUUAUUCAAACAGUUCAUCCAGUUGAGAAAAAGCUAACAUAUAAAUGCAUUCAUUGUCUUGGUGUGUAUACCAGUAAUAUGACUGCCUCAACUAUAACGCUACACCUUGUUCACUGCAGAGGGGUUGGGAAGACCCAAAACGGCCAAGACAAAGCUAAUGCACCAUCUCGACUAAAUCAGUCUCCAGCUGUAGCACCUGUGAAACGUACUUAUGAACACAUGGAAUUCUCCCUGAUGAAGAAAAGAAAAAUGGAUGAUGAUGACUCGCCAUCUGCCUUUGAAGAGAAGCCUGAAGAACCUGUAGUUUUAGCUUUAGACCCUAAAGGUCAUGAAGAUGAUUCUUAUGAAGCCAGAAAAACAUUUCUUACAAAAUAUUUCAAUAAACAACCGUAUCCCAGUAGGAGAGAAAUUGAAAAGUUGGCUGCCAGUUUAUGGCUAUGGAAAUCAGAUAUUGCUUCACAUUUUAGCAACAAAAGAAAGAAAUGUGUUAGAGAUUGUGAAAAGUACAAGCCUGGUGUGCUGCUUGGUUUUAACAUGAAAGAAUUAAACAAAGUUAAACACGAAAUGGAUUUUGAUGCUGAAUGGCUCUUUGAAAAUCAUGAUGAAAAGAAUUCCAGAGUCAAUGCUAGUAAAACUGUUGAUAAAAAAAUAAACCUAGAAAAAGAUGAUGAAAGUUCUUCAGACAGUUAUGAAAAUAUAGAAGAGGAAUCUAAUGAAAGCAGUAGUCCAUUUGGUCAACCAAUUUCAGAUGUUGGUCGUAAAACCUCUAUUGAUAGCAUAAUAGAGAAUCCAGAAGACAGCAUAUCCAAGGAGACUACUGAUGAAAAUCCCUUACAGUCUCCAGAGAAAUCAGACCAAAAACAGGAGGAAGGCUCAAAAUAUGAAGAGAUUCAUUCUGUCAAGGAACCAAUUAAACUGGUAGGUGAUGCCUCAGAUAGUGAAGGUGAUCAAGAUGAUGCUGCUGAAUGGAAAGAUGGAGCUUCGCAGUCUGAAAGUGGACCUGGCUCUCAGCAAGUUUCUGACUUUGAAGACAAUAUAUCAGAGGUGAAACCAGAAGUUUGGACAGAUGAAUCAUCCCAGAGCGAAGAUGCUGGUAGUAGUAAACCAGCUGCAGAAAUAAAAGGGGUUGCAUCUGAAAGUGAUGAAGAGCAAUCAAAAUGGAAGAAUAGUUCCUAUGGAAAAGUAGAAGAAUUUUGGUCUAAGGACCAGUCACAAUGGAAAAAUGCAUCAGAAAUUGAGGAGAGUUUGUCAAAUCAGCAGAUGGAAUGGCAGAAUAGCACAAUUGACAGCGAAGAUGGAGAUCAGUUUGACAAUGUGACUGAUGGUGUAGCAGAACCAAUGCAUAGCAGCUUAACUGGUGUAGAGUUGAGUAGCCAGCAAGCAUAAGCUGCUCAAUUCAGAAGCAUGAGUAAAUAUGCUUCAAUCUACAACUGUCUAAAUACUUUCAUUUCAAUAUGACUGCUAAGCUUAAUUCUAACUGGUACUGCCUUUUGAGUGCUAGGUCAUCUGGCUAGUGGUUGAUGUGGCCACUAUUAUUCCAGUGGUUAUUCCUAAGUAUGCUGUUGGCUAAAUUUGCUUGAGAAUACCUGCUGUGAUGAGCACAGUAACUUAAUGUGAAAACAGAUAAGCUGGUGGCUCCAGAAUGCACACGAAGAAAAGCAGAGGUUUUCUUUAUCUGCAUUUUCAACAUUUAUUUCACUCUUGGAUAUGUUCAGUUGUAUGUCUUUUUAAACAUUACCCUUUUUCACAUGGUAGUAUAGGGCCAACAUGAGCUACCAGUUCAAUGUGUAUAGUAGACUAUGGGGAAAUUGAUUUUUUUCAUGUAUCAUUCUGAAUAGUUGAAAUGUAUAUUUGUACAGUCUUUUAGACCUAUUCAAGUGAAGCUUAUGAAAUUGUUCUUGUGUACCCAUCAUAGAUUUGUUUCUCUUUUUUAGUGUUGCCCUGCUGUGUAAUAAAUGCUGUAUCUAGUUUACCUAGCAAAAGCUUGAAACUGCUAUAGUAUGAAUUUUGACAAACUUAGUUUUUGCACAUAACCUUGUACAAUCUCGAAACUGAGGCCAGCAACAUAAAAAAUUAUAUCUGGACUCUAUUGUAUUAUAGAAUUUUCUUGUUCUGAAUAUCCUUGACAUUACAACCGAUGACAAACGUAUUUCAGAGCCAUUUUCUGAAAUCUUUUAAGCUAAAAAAGAAAAAAUCACAUGCAAGAAACAAGUUUGCAGCUACUAAUUUUGACACCUUUUAGAUCUGUAUAAAAGUGUAUUGUGUUGAAGCAGCAUACAGAAAUAAAAAUGCUGCAUUUUGGAUAUUUAGUUUUAUCUUUAGUUAACACCAACAAGGUGUUGUAUUCAUUUAUACCAUCUAAUAUAUGACACACUGUUGUAGUAUGUAUAAUUUUGUGAUCCUUAUUUCCCUUUGUAUUCUUCAUUUAAGCAUCUAAAUAAAUUGCUGUAUUGUGCUUAAUGUAA